CUCGUGGACAGACUGCGUCGUGUUCGCUCAGCAGACAGCAUGACUUCGUUAGCUUUGUGCACAAUUAACAGCUCAACGAGAUCAAUAGCAAGACUGUGCCGAGUGUCCCACUCUGCGCAUGGCACAGCUGAUGUACACUCUUUCGUAGCCCGUUACUCAACCCUGCGUAAUUGUAGUGCUUCUCUUCCGAGAGGAAAAUGCUCAUUCAUAAAAACGGUAACCAGGCAGAUGUGCCAGUCGUCGCCGAGGAGGAUCUCUCUCGGACGGUACGGUAAAGGCGUGUUUCUGGCUGCAGGAGCCGCGGCUGUCACCGGUGUUCUGGCGGCUGGUGUAAGUCACUUCCAGCGGGCAGAAAUGGCAACGAAGAUCUCCAGAGUUGAGGAGGAGGACGGAGACAUUCGGGAGAGGUGCAAGUCGUUCAUGUCUCCACCAGUCACUGACAUCAAGCUCCUAGAGCAGAGGAAAGACGAGAUGUCGACAAGGAUGGAGAUGCUCAUCAUGGAGACACAGUCGGCUUUCUGCAGAGCCCUGGAGCAGGUGGAUGGAGGCUCAUUCAGGGUGGAUAGGUGGAGCAGAAAGGAAGGUGGUGGCGGCAUCAGCUGUGUGAUGCAGGAUGGCAAGAUCUUUGAAAAAGCAGGUGUGAAUGUGUCUGUGGUGUAUGGGAAUCUUACUGAGGAGGCCGCCAGGCAGAUGCGCAGCCGUGGAAAAAUCCUGAAAGGAAAAGAUGGAAAGCUGCCAUUUCGUGCAAUGGGUGUGAGUUCUGUCAUACACCCCAAAAACCCCCACAUUCCCACAGUGCACUUCAACUACAGAUACUUUGAGAUUGAAGAAGCAGAUGGCACAAAGCAGUGGUGGUUUGGUGGAGGAACGGAUCUCACUCCUGUUUACAUUGAUUUGGAAGAUGCCACCCAUUUCCACAAGACUCUGAAGGAAGCCUGUGACAAGCAUCAUCCUAAAUAUUACCCAGACUUCAAGAAGUGGUGUGACAACUACUUCUACAUCCGCCACCGGGGGGAAACGAGAGGCAUUGGUGGGAUCUUUUUCGAUGAUUUGGAUUCCCCUGAUCAGGACGAGGUUUUUAAUUUUGUGAGGAGCUGCGCUAAAACUGUGGUGCCUUGUUACCUGCCUAUUGUUUACAAGCAUCUGAAUGACUCCUUUACCCCUGAGGAGAAGGACUGGCAGCAGGUCAGGAGAGGCAGAUAUGUGGAGUUUAAUUUGGUGUAUGACAGAGGGGUGAAAUUUGGUCUGGCCACACCGGGGUCCCGCAUCGAGAGCAUCCUGAUGUCUCUGCCACUUACUGCAAGGUGGGAGUACAUGCACGAGCCCACGAAAGGCACUAAAGAAGCCGAAAUGCUGGAGAUCCUGCGCAACCCUAAACAAUGGAUCUGACCGAAGGGGAAAACUCACUCAUCCAUGGGGAAUGCGAAAAUGGAGGCUGCAUCCUCGCUGUAAUUCCAAAUAUGUCCGAAGCUUUUAGAUAUUAAUAAGGAACACAUUUACUAACACAGAAAACGAACAGAUUCGCUGUGCAUUUCUGACCGUCCUCAGCUGUAAUCAGCUCCCUCUCUCUGUCUGUGGCAGUCAUUAUGGAUCGACUGGAGAUUCAGUGUUUCCUCCUGUGACAGAGUUUCUUGGUUACAGCUUGGUUUCUGCUUGCACUGCUUUAAUCAUGACUGCUGCUGUAUACUAAACCUGUAAUGAGCCUGCUGGGCUGUUUUUGAAUGGACAUGUCAGUCACGUAUGCCUAAAUGGUCAUGUUUAAUGAGUGCUGAGUCAAGCACAGUGCUGUUGUUAUUGGGUUUCUAAUACUCUUCAUUUUCUUUGUGUCUUUGUGUUUGUUUCUUUUUACAUAUUUUAAAACGAGGAUCAGAUUUUGAAGUAUUCUCAGGACUUCAUAAUGAGAUUUUUGUGUAAUACAAAUUAAUAAACUGUUUUAUACGUUGUA